AUGGCGUCCUCACCUUUUUUAAGUAUAAAAACUCACGUGUCCGAACUGAAAAACGCAGACAAGGAAUCCAUAAGUGGGGCUUCGGAAAGUGGAACAAGUAAUUCCAUGACGUCCGCUGAAGACUUACAGCAAUUGGCAUUAAUACUUGGCUUGAACAGUGUUGAAGAUGUUUUUCAAGAAAGAGUCCGCGUCGACAGACGACGGUUGGAGGCUAUGCUUGUUGACACACUGGACGAGACUCAGACAGCGCAAGCGUUCUUUCACAAGGUGAUGAGCGAGACAAAUACUUUAAUAAAUUGGCCUGCUCGUCUUAAGAUCGGUGCUCGUUCUAAAAAAGAUCCCCAUGUUCGGAUAGCUGGUCGGAUCGAAGAUGUGAAGCUAGCGAGGGAGAAGAUUAUGCAAGUACUCGACACAAGGAGUAACCGAGUAACAAUGAAGAUCGACGUUAGCUAUACAGAUCAUUCCCAUAUCAUCGGAAAGGGAGGCCUAACAAUAAAGCGAGUGAUGGAAGAGACCGGGUGCCACAUCCACUUCCCGGACUCGAACCGAACGAGCGCCGUCGAGAAGAGCAACCAAGUGUCCAUCGCUGGAGAAAUGGAGAGAGUGGAGAGGGCUCGCGCUAGAGUUAGAGCUUUGACACCCCUAAUCUUCAGCUUCGAGUUGCCAAUCGUGGCGCCUUCUCACCCACUUCCAGAAAUCAACUCGCCCUAUGUCAUGCAGAUACAACAAAAAUACAACGUGCAGGUGAUGAUUCGCAACCGCCCGAAGCUGCACGCGAAUCUGCUGGUGGUGAAGGGAGUGCAGUGGGAGGUGCAGGCCACCAUGGAGGCCACGAGCCUUCUCAUCAACUACAUGUGUGGCCAGUUUGCUAACCAAACUCAAGUCCAAAUGUCACUCGAGAUAUCUCCCAUGCACCACCCCGUGGUGAUCGGCCGCGGGGCGGACCAACUGAAGGUGAUCAUGAAAGGCACCGGAGCCCAGGUCAUGUUCCCGGACGCGGAAGAUCCGAACAUACCCAUUCUGCGCAAGAGUUGUGUCACGAUCACCGGGCAGAUCCAAGAUGUGUAUGCGGCGAGGCAGCAACUGGUCGGAAGCCUUCCCCUCGUUCUGAUAUUUGACGCCGCGGACGAUGCGCCAUCCCGUUUCGACGUCGAGAACGUGACAGAGCUCAUGCAGAAGUAUAACGUGUUCAUCAGCGUGCGCAGGAGACCGAAGCAGGGCAUCGUGUCAGUCGUCAUCAAGGGAAUAGAGAGAUGCGCCGGCGACAUCUAUGAAGCACGGCGCGAACUAAUCGGGCAUAAAGAAUCCUCGAUCACAGCUGAGAUCCCAGAGUCGUACAACAUCCCCAACGUCCCCAACGCUAUUCCCAACUUCGGCGUGUUCAACCCCUUCUCCCCCUCGCACAGCAGCAUGGGCAACUCGCCGUGCUCCCCCCUACAUCAAGGUAAGGGAGGAGCUACUUACAGCAGUGCUGCUGCCUACGACAUGGCGACUUUCGGCAGCCCGAUGUACGGGCAACACCCGCCCACCCCGGGGGGUUACCCGGCCCCAAUAUCACCGGUGACCUUAGCCCCACCAGUGAUGGGUGCUUGGAUGAUACCGUCCCCGCAAGCCUCCACCAGUCAGUUCCACUUUCCGAUGCCUAACCAAGCUGUUAUUUAUAAUAACCAACCCACUUGGAAUCCCAUGUCUAACAACGGUGAUAUGAACAGCAUGCAGACGAUGCUUCAACAACAAUACAACAUGACGGGACCGAGCACGAGUGAAGGCAGACCGCAUUCGCAACAAUGCGCUCGCGCAUUUGCGUCCAAUAUGUUAUUCCGUGCUAAAAUUACCCGCGCGUUCGCCCCGAGCCUAUAUAAACCCCGGACAGAGAAUGCGCAAGCGCAAUGGAUAAUAUUGAAUCAGCUACUGAACAACAGCUCUGCUGGCAGCAGCGGUUACCAGAGCAACUUCACAGGCAGUUCUGUUUCCAUCGAUACGCAGAAUAUAUCUAGUGGUGGCGAUGGAAGUGUGGCCAGUCCGCUAGUAUCGCCCAUCAGCAGGACGGCCAACAGCCCCGCACCUUCCACCGACGACCGCUCUCAACAGGAGCUAGUAAACCUUAUAUCAGAGUUGAAGACCUGCGACCGUCGCGCGGUGGGUUGCGAGAAGAAAACGCUCGAGACCCUCACGAAGAUUUCGCCGAUAUCCGACUACCGCCAGUUGCAGCAGGAAGCUUCUAAGGCCAUGCAAGAACACGUCGGGAACGGAUAUCGGGUGCCUAACACCAAGUGGUCAGGGCAUUACUUCAGCAACACCUCGCCAGCCACGAUCAACCUGACUGAUCCUGAGAAUACUACGCCUGAGAAACGUUGGAAGCGGCCUGAUCUAAGCCGUCCUAACAUCGUCGAGAAUAGCCCCAGUCCCAGCAAAAACAGCGCCCCCGGGACUAAGCAGUGCCGCUACCAGCAGCUGUACGACAUGCUGCUGGACAUCGGCUUGGGAAAAUAUCUCGACCUGUUCAAGAAGCACGAACUGGAUCUAUCAACAUUUGCGUCGCUGAACGAAGCGGAUUUAAUUGAGAUUGGUGUUUCUGCUUUCGGCGCCCGCAGGAAGAUGCUGCUAGUCAUCGCAGAGCUGCAAAAACAAGCGGGCGACAAAGCCUUUAAAGGGAACGGGAACACCAAGGAUCGUAAGGUGAUAAAUUCGCCCCCUAAGUACAACACGGCGGCGAUCACUCAAGACAAGUGGUAG